UGGGCUGGGAGGAGAGCAGAAAGCGGGCCAACAUGGUCUCAGAGGAGAAGCUCUUGGAUGUCAGGAGAAAAGUCAAAGGUCAGGAGGACUUAGAGCUCAGAUCCCAGGACUGAACAGUUCAGAUAAAAGAGGUGAUUCAGCAGAACAUGGGGUCCCGUUGGAGGGCAGCGCUGUUCCUCUGCCUGCUGAUGGUCGCCUCCAGUCUGGCCAACGAGGCUCCAGCCCACGAAACCACAGAGAGCCCAAACCAUGAAGACACCAGCACUGGGAACGAGACAAGCACUGACAGCCACGAUGACGGCCAUGGAGACGGUCACGGAGCACCAAUUACGACCCUACCUAUCGUAACGUGGAAGUGGCACCAUGUAACCGCCCCGUACUUCGUGGCCCUCUGGGUCCUGGUCUCCUGGCUCUGCAAACUGGUCAUCGAGGCCAACCACCAUGUGACCGCCUACAUCCCAGAGAGCGCUCUGCUCAUCUGCUUCGGCUUCAUCCUGGGAGGGAUGAUCUGGGGUGCAGACAAGGUCCAGACCUUUUCGCUCACCCCCACUACGUUCUUCUUCUACCUGCUGCCCCAGGUCAUCCUGGACGCAGGCUACGCCAUGCCAAACAAGCUCUUCUUCACCAACAUGGGAGCCAUCCUGGUUUACGCCAUCAUCGGGACCUGCUGGAACGCUGCCACCCUGGGGCUGUCGCUGUGGGGGUGUCACCAGGGCGGAGCCAUGGGUGACAUUGACAUCGGGCUUCUCCAGUAUCUCCUGUUCGGCAGCCUGAUCGCCGCCGUGGACCCCGUGGCGGUCAUCGCCGUGUUUGAGCAGGUCCACGUCAACGAGGUCCUCUUCAUCAUGGUGUUCGGAGAGUCGUUGCUCAACGACGGGGUUACAGUGGUGCUCUUCAACGUGUUUGAUGCAUUCGUGUCUCUCGGAGGAGGUGCAAUUGAUGCUAAGGAGAUCGUUAAAGGAAUAGUUUCCUUCUUCGUGGUGGCGUUCGGCGGUUCGCUCGUUGGCUUCGUUUUUGGCCUGCUGGUCGCUCUGCUGACCAGAUGUACCAAAAACAUCCAGAUCAUCGAGCCGGGCUUCAUUUUCGUCCUGGGAUACCUGUCCUACCUCACGGCAGAGAUGCUCUCUCUGUCUGCCAUCCUCUCGAUUCUUUUCUGCGGUAUGUGCUGUCAGAAGUAUAUCAAUGCAAACAUGGCUGAGACCUCCGUCGAAACCGUCCGUUACGCCAUGAAGGUUUUUGCCAACGGCUCGGAAACCAUCAUCUUCGUCUUCCUCGGCAUCUCCGCCAUCGACAAGGUGAUCUGGGUUUGGAACACGGGCUUCAUCCUCCUCACUCUGCUCUUCAUCUUGGUCUACAGGUUCAUCGGGGUGUUCUUACUCACCUGGAUCCUGAACAGAUUCAGGCUGGUCCCCAUAGAUUUUGUGGAUCAGGUGAUCAUGGGCUAUGGCGGCCUGCGAGGGGCCGUGGCCUACGGGCUGGCAACGUUGCUGGACGAGACUAAGAUAAAGGAGAAGAACCUGAUGGUGUGCACGACUCUCAUCGUCGUCUAUUUCACUGUGAUUUUCCAGGGACUGACGAUGAAGCCUUUGGUCCAAUGGCUGAGAGUAAAGAGAGCCGCCAACGUUGAUCUCAUGCUGAUAGAAAAAGUGCAGAACAAGGUGUUCGAACACGCGCUGAUUGCUAUUGAGGACAUUUCAGGACAAAUUGGACACAACUACCUGAGGGACAAGUGGAAGAACUUUGAGGAGAAGUGGAUGUCAUGGAUCCUGAUGAAGCCGUCAGCGAGAAAGCAGCAGGACCGCCUCUUCACCGUCUUCCACCAGCUGAACCUGAAGGACGCCAUGCAGUACGUGAGCGAGGGUGAGCACAGAGGCUCUCUGGAGUUCAUCCGCAACGAAAGCGCAUUUGUGGACUUCAAGAAGAAGUUUGGCAAAGAAUUCUCAGACGCCAUGCCAGACAUCAUGGCGGACAUGGACGAUGAUGAGGAUGGAGCUUCAUCCAUGAGAAGAGACCCAGUACCGUCGGUCAGUCUGGAGAUGCAUGAGCAGAACAUGAGAGGACUUCGAGGAGCAGAGGAGAUGAAUUCUCACCACCUCCUGGAGCAGCAUCUCUACAAAGGCAGGAAGCAGCACCGUCACAAGUUCAGUCGCAGCCAGUUUGGCAUCAACCAGGAUGAAGAUGAGGUCCAGGAGAUCUUCCAGAGAACCAUGAGGAACCGUCUGGAGUCCUUUAAGUCUGGAAAGAGGGGCGUGGCUCCACCGAAGACCAUCACGAAGCACACGAAGAGAGAGGAUCAGCAAAAGAUGCCGAAUGGAAAGCAUAAAGGCUACCAGUCCGGUGAUGAAGAUUUUGAGUUUUCUGAAGGCAACAGUGCUUCAGGCUACGAUGCUUCCUUCCCUGUGAGACCCAGCUACAUAGCAGGAGCUGGAAUCGUGAACCCGGCCUUCAUGCCUGACUUAGAGGACUGGUCGCCGGUGCACAUCCCUCCCUGGUUGGCGGACGCCGAGCUGGAGGAGGACCCGGUGGCACCGUCAGAGCGAGCCCAGGUGAGGCUGCCAUGGAUGCGAGGACACCUCCACCGCCUGUCUUCUCUACGAUCCAGCACUCGAUCCGAGGAGCAGCCGGGGCGCCGAGACCAGCUGCCCCCACCUCCCCCUCGCCCUGACAGAGAGGAGUAUCGCCUGUAGCUCCACCCAGAGACAGAAACUGACCUCAGACUCUGCGCAGCUUCCAGGACGUCCACCAGAGAAUCAAAACUUUCAAGGAAAAUACUGUUUUUAAGUCAGCUACUUCAUCCGCUUUGUGCUCAUCGGAAAACAUCGACUGCUACUGGGAACUCUGGUUGAACUGGAUGAAGCAGUGCUUUGGGAGUUUCCGGUUCCCAAAUGUGAGAAACCUGAAUACAUGGAUGAUG